AUGAUCGCCAACCGAAUUCUUUCCCGCGCGGUCUUCUGCUCGGCGGUUAUGCUGCUGCUGCUUGAUGUCGGCAUCGUGGCGCAGGACUUCAAUCCGAUGGAAAUUUGCCAAGGAAAGCCCGACGAAACGAAGGUACUCAACCCGCUGUCCUGUGAACAGUUUCUGCUGUGCCAAAACGGGAUGCCGGCCGGUACUGGCCAGUGUCCAACCGACAUGCUGUUCAAUGCGGCCGACGAAAUUUGUGAUUUUCCCGAUAAAGUCGAUUGCGGAUCAGUUCCCCUGCCACCGUGGUUUGAAGAUCUCACGACGACGACGUCGGGGACGGGGACUACACCAGCAACGACCGCUGGCACCGGAACCACUGCUUCACCGACGGCUUCUUGCCCAACGGUAGAUGAUCCGCUGCGCCCUACCUAUCUGCCAGUACCGACCGACUGUUCUUCGUACGUCCUGUGCUACCAUGGCAAUCCGAUUGCGAUGAAGUGCCCAACGGUGCUGCAGUGGAACAAGGCGACCAUGACGUGCGACAGUCCAGAGAAUGCCAAGUGUCAGGUACGUACGGGUGCCAUGGUAACCGCCAUACGUUCAAUAACAACGCGCGAUGUGUACUCGAUACAGGCAAUCUUCGAGAAUCCUUACGGCUGUCCGUUGGAGGGGAGCAGCAUUCUGCCACAUCCGGAAAAGUGCGGAAAGUACAUCUUCUGUCUGCACGGAAUAGCGCGCGUGCAGGUUUGCCAAAUGUUUAAAUACUUCGACCCGGUCCUGGGCGAAUGUGUCUUUGGUACAUGCUGA